AUGGAUUCGGUCGACCCACCACCACCGUUUACGUCUCAAGAAUGUAGAGUUCCCACUGAGCAGGCGUUGCCGCCAGCACCCUCGCUGGCGCCAAGGCCAACGUCAGAACCGGGAUCGCAUGAAGAGGCAGAGCCUGGAUCAGCGCCAGUGCCACCACCGCAUAGCCCGCCACCUGCUUUUGCCAGUGAAGAUGAGUCUUCGAAUGACGAGAGUGAUCAUCAAGAAGCACGCCGCCCAGCACCGAUGGAUCCCAUCAAAAUGCGUGAAAGUGAUGCUUGGGAACGCGAUCGGCUUCUUGGCUACAGUUUGGAGGAACGUGUAGCUCGUAUGGAGCGACGACGCCUCGGUGAACCGCAUGCGUCAUCAACACACCAUCCAUUCAGUACGGUGUCCGCACAGCCCGAGACGCUUCAUUGGACACGAGCUCGUGAUACCACCGAAAGGGAUCCGUCCACAGUUCUGCAUAUCGCCAAGGCACCUGCCCCGAUUUGUACACCCUCUUCGUUCGAUGAUGCAACAUCGCCUGAUUCCUCAGAUUCAAGUGGUGACGAUUGCCCCGCUCCAGCGGGAGAUGACUCCGAUCAUGAAUGGAGGUCCGAGCAUGACGCAUUACAGGCACUGUAUCGCUAUGAAUCAGACAUGCGCGAAGUUUAUAAGCAAGGGCACAUGUAUGCGCAUCGUAACGACCGGUUUGGGCAAGCAAAGCAAGAGCCUGCCGAGCACACGUCUGUUACGGAUGAACAGAAUUUCGCAUCGUUAGCCAUGUCACCUCGAAGACCCGGCACAAGCAUUGCCGUCGAUUUAGAACGCGCUCCUUUGUCUCAAGAGCAGCAUGUACGCCCAGCUUCAACGCAAGACCCCGCAUCAACGUCUGACGUAGCGCCAGGUCGUGUCGCUCCUGUUGGUGUGGCGCAAGAGUCCGAGUCUUGCCCGCCUCAGCAUCAUGGCGAUGGAGCGCGUGGACCUACAUCUGACAUGGAGUGUGCGCCAGACCAGCUAGAAUCGGACCUUGCUUCGUCGGCUCUUCGAUCGCACGCGCAUCGCUCGGCUUCUACCCCAUCACAGCAAAGGCUAUUAGCGUCAUUGACUCGUGCGUCGGCAAAGGAAGAACGUUCCGAGGGACCGAUGGCAUUGUCGGAAGACCCGGCAGUUGAACGACCAAAUUUGUCGGUUCCUGCAUCGUCUUCCGCGCCUGUUGAUCAAGCCAGCGAAUCAUCGCGAAUGCAAAGAAAUACGUUAAUGAGCGGAAACCGACAGGAUCAUAGUCGGUCUUCCCACCCGCCACCCCCGGCACCGCCAUCUCAUGUCCCAAUGAUACGAUCUGCCUACGACCAACUCCGUGUGCUACAAGCUGCAAAUCAGCUCCCACCUUCACUGCAUCAAGAUUUAUUGUCUUUGGAAUCGUAUCUGUCCCAGUACGAGACACCAACUGAAACUGCGUCUCUUACUCGGUCCAUGAGUCACUUUGGUGGUGCCUUUACCAGCGCUAGGUCUUCCACAGCGCCACUUCCUGCUCAGACGCAUCUUCCUGUGGUCACAGAUGAAACGCGGCAUUUCCCUCCCUCACGACUUUCUUCUGAUGCAGGUGCGGUAUCGUCCACCCCGCCAAAGAGUCCGUCCACGACACCGACGCAGUCUGUGCCUGAGUCGCUACGACCAGCACGACUUGCGUCUGAACAUCUUUUGUCAGCGUCAGCCAUCAACACACGAGCCGCACUUGCAUCACAGGCAUCUAUGAAUCCUGAGGCUACGGCACUAGCAUCGUUGACGGGUCAACACGCACAAGAAGAGCAGCGAACCACGGCAUUGGAAUCUUGUGGACCGCGGCACGUUGAGCCAGCAGCGUCGACUCGAGCAGAACCUGAGCAGAACACAGAAGCCGCGCCUGUGUCGCAGGAAUCACAGAGCUUGGUAGUGUCAACGGAUGACGCCGACUCGGGUGCCGCACUUCUAGCGCAACUGGCGCCACGAGCAGUUCCACAGGAGGAAAUCACCGACUUGGAGCUAGCCGUCGCACAGUUGGAUAGCCCGUCAACACAAUACGAAUGGGCGAGUCUGAUUAGUGAUUUCUUGGGACCUGCUCGCGAGCAGACGCGGCUGUCGCCGGAAGAUCUAGAGCGCAUAUCCGUGGGACGCGUAGAAUUGGAGCACCGCCGUGUCACGGCAUCAGGCCAGGUCCGCCUUCCAUAA